AUGCCACAUCCUGGAGGACUGCAGGCCGUCCCGGAACCUACAACAGCCCUGUCUCUGCUCUUCGCUGGCGUUGCAAACUUCGCCCUCCCUCCAGCGACGACAAAGCGCGCCGCUAAUGAGAUACCUCGGCGAGCGUCCUCCGCCAUCAUGGGGCCUAGCGCAAGGCACGGGAAGGAUGCGUGGCGGGGCCACCGCUGCGAGCACAGCGCGUCUGGCGUCCUCGGAGGCUCACUGGAUCAAGCCCUGGCCAGACGGCUAGAGCGCCUUCCAACGAAGCUUGAUGCCUCCCCCAUGACCCCAAGCUCGACCCCAUUCCCCGACGCUUUGCCCCAUCUUUACGAUCUCUCCGCCACGAUCCCUUGGCCCAUGGGGUCUCUACCUCCGCCGCCUUUGUUCACCCCGCUGGCCGCCCACCUCGUGACAGUCCAGCUGGAAUCAGCAAGGGAUCCGUCCCAAGGACCAGCCGCGCUUUCAGCCGCCGUGAGCCUGGUGCCGGGCGUCUGGGAGCCGGGCAUUGGCUCGGGCUGCUGGCAAUCCUUCUCGAAGGAUGUGCAGCCUGUUCCGGAUAGGUCCAAAUAA